AUGGCCAAAGGAAGCCAAAAUGAAGAACAUCAGCAAACACAUUCUGACUCCAAGUCCUCCGGCCUCGUUUCCAACCUGAGCACAGAGGAUCUGGACCAGGAGCAGGAGAAGGUUCGACAGCUGCUGGAUCGGAUUCAGAAGGCGGCGGCCUGCACCUGCCUGCUUCCUCUGGGUAAAGACCGGCUGUACCGCAGAUACUGGAUCAUCCCCUCUGCCUCCGCUCUGUUUGUGGAAGAGGACUUCUCCGGACUGACCGAGGACAUGCUGAAGCCACGCCCCAAACCUGAAGACGCUGCAGCUGAGGUGGAUCAAAACAUGGAGGCGGAGCCGUCAAGUACCAACGGUUGUUCGGACCCUGACCUCCCCGGUGCUCCGGUGGACCGGCCCAACCAGUGGUCCUUCUACGGCUCAAUAGAGGAGGUGGAUCAACUGAUCGAAGCUCUGAACCCUCGAGGUCACAGAGAGGGCUCCCUGAGGGAGGCGCUGCGGCAGGACAGAGACAAGCUGCAGCAGCUGCUGCAGACCUGCGACGGCAGCAGAUACAGGCUGCAGCCCACACAGACCGGUGAAGAAGAGCUGCCAGCUUUCUCUGCAUCAGCAGAUACCCUGAUGGAGGUGAGAUUAAGAGACCUGCUGCUGGACCUGGAGGACCGCAUCCAUCAGGGAUCCCUGGGGACUUUGAAAGUGAUGGACAGACAGGUUUGGCGCUCUGCGCUGGAGGAAGGAAACUACGAGCUUCUGGGAUCUGAUGGCAAAGAAAACGGCGUGAUGAAUGGUCAGGUGGAGCCGUGGGAGGUGGACUCGGCUCACCUCAGAACCAGAGAGAGGUGCAAUGACAGGCUGCAGGAGCUCCGCUGCGAAGCCUCGGCCACCUGCGGGACCAGCGGCAGCACCACUCCUCAGGCCAUCAGCGGCGUGGUGCGAGUUCUGGCUCAGGCCCUCAGUCACGUUGAGCAAGGCAUUGAGAGACGCUUCCUUAAGCCUCCUCUGGGUGAGUCUGGGGCUGCUGGUCUGAGCUUCCAGAUCCUCUCAUUUAUCUGUGAAAACUCAAAUUAACAAAGUUCCAAAUAGGUUUUCUACCGUCUGGUUGAGUCAAAGGAAAAGUCCGGUCAGCAGGAAUAACCAAUGGAUCAUUAUUUAAACCUAAAACUGAUACGUUCGCAGUGAUUUCAUGAAUUUAAAAAAAUGUAAAUUUUCCUCACGAUCACA